AGAAUAUGGUAUGGAAGAUUAUUGUGAUGUCGAUCAUGUACCAAGUGGCUUUCCAAUACCCUGCUGUUAAAGAACUAAGUCUAAGCAAUAAGAUACUUACAAAAAUAACAAGAGACACAUUCAAGGAAUCUCAGCAAAAGCACAAGCUGUAUCUACAAGACAAUAACAUAAGUACUAUUGAAGAAGGUGCAUUCACUGGUUUGGAAUCAUUGGAACAAUUAGUUCUGAGUUCUAAUAAACUGACAAAAUUACCAAAUGAUAUAUUCAGUAAGUUAGCAACUCUGAAAUAUCUUAACCUUUGCUAUAAUGGACUAACAACAAUACCAGAUGGCACAUUCAGUGAUUUGACAUCACUGACCAGCCUUGACCUUUCCUUUAAUGAACUGAAAACAUUACCAGAUGGCAUAUUCAGUAGCUUGACAUCGCUAACCACCCUAUAUCUUAGUGAAAAUAAACUUACAACAUUACCAGAUGGCGUAUUCAAAGGCUUGACAUCACUGGCACAACUUCACUUGAGCAAUAAUGACCUAACAACAUUACCAGAUGGCAUAUUCAGUGGCUUGACAUCAUUGAUACAACUUCACCUUAGCUAUAAUGAUUUAACAACAUUACCAGAUGGCAUAUUCAGUGACUUAACAUCCCUGGCAUAUCUUUUCCUUGACUCUAAUGACCUAGCAACAUUACCAGAUGGCAUAUUUAGUAAGUUAUCAUCCCUGGAUUACCUUUACCUUGACUCUAAUAACCUAACACUAUUACCAGAUGGCAUAUUCAGCAACCUAACAUCACUAACAAAACUUUUCCUUGACUCUAAUAACCUAGCAACAUUACCAGAUGGCAUAUUCAAUAACUUGACAUCACUGACCAGACUUGACCUUGACUAUAACAAACUAACAACAUUACCAGAUGGCAUAUUCAAUAACUUGACAUCACUGACCAGACUUGACCUUGACUAUAACAAACUAACAACAUUACCAGAUGGCAUAUUCAGUGGCUUGACAUCAUUGAUACAACUUCACCUUAGCUAUAAUGAUUUAACAACAUUACCAGAUGGCAUAUUCAGUGACUUAACAUCCCUGGCAUAUCUUUUCCUUGACUCUAAUGACCUAGCAACAUUACCAGAUGGCAUAUUUAGUAAGUUAUCAUCCCUGGAUUACCUUUACCUUGACUCUAAUAACCUAACACUAUUACCAGAUGGCAUAUUCAGCAACCUAACAUCACUAACAAAACUUUUCCUUGACUCUAAUAACCUAGCAACAUUACCAGAUGGCAUAUUCAAUAACUUGACAUCACUGACCAGACUUGACCUUGACUAUAACAAACUAACAACAUUACCAGAUGGCAUAUUCAGAAGCAUGACAUCAUUGAAGAAUCUGUUUUUACAAAAUAAUACACUUCAAGAAGUCCCAUCUGAUGUAUGUUUGUACAUGCCAAUGCUAACAGAACUAGAUUUAGAUGGAAACAACAUACCUGAAAUACCUGCUGAAUACAUUAAUGAUUUGACCACAAUAAGGGCUCAUGCCUGUUAAGAUAUACAAGUACUAGUAUAGCUGAGUAAAUAAGGGCUUCAAAGUUUUUUCCUUAUUCUUAUAUGAUAUGUGAUGUCACAAAAAUUCAGUAGAACAAUUUAUUUUAAAAUGUGCUUUUUUAUGAUUUUAUGUGAUAAUGAAUAGCACAUUUAUUAUCUUCACUAAAUCUGCUACAAUGUUUGUUAAGUGGUGUUUUGCUGGAUUGAGCCUUUGACCAAUUCGGUCCUCAUCUCCAUGUGAUUGUGAAGGUUAAAGGCAGAUGCAUAGAACAUUUGUAUAAUAAAUAAUUAGUACUGUAUAACAUAAUACCAUAGUGACUAAAUACUGAUAAACAACUGAUGAACAAUUGAGCAUUAAUAUUCAAACAUCUGACAAAAAAAUUUAAGUCAGUAUCACUUAAGUAUUUGAAUGGUAAAAUAUGCCUAUCCUUAAGUUUCUGUAAUUUAUUUUAUGUCAAUACCAUAAUGUCAUGAUACUUUUCUCGCCUUCUAAAAAAGUUAAAAUGUUUUUUGGCACACCCUGUAUAUGAACUCAGAUUUUAUUCUAGCCAUUGCCAAAGAACUUAAUUGCUAUGCGAUAUUGGUCUUUAAACAAUGAUCAAAAUAAAACAUUUCCUUCUAGCACUAUGAAGAAAGCUAAUUAAGUUUGAAAGUAACAUAGUAUUACUAACUUAGCAUAUGUAAAAAUUAUAAAAAUUACAAGAAAUUUAAGUUUUCUUUUUUUCCAUCCUCAUUAUUUGAAAUGACUGAAAAACUGAAAAUUUUUGUUACCGAUCUUGGAUUCUCUGCUUGAGCACUAAUUGAUGAAAUUAAAUAUUUUGAUAUAUCAAAUCAUACUAUGAUCAAAAUAAAAAAUUGAUACAAUAAAAAGUGAGUGUAUCUAAUGUAUCACAG